AUGAGUUUAUUGUUCUUUCCACCAGAGGACAGCAUUUUCUUAUACGAGUUACAUGAAGGUUUGGUUGAGACUGUGAAUGUAUCUGCUAAUCCUAAAGUAAAUGAGGAACUCAGAGGACGACUGCCAGCUGCAAGACAGCACCUUAGCUCAGAACUGGUGAAAGAAGAGCUUGCAGCUUCAUUUCAAGACUUUUGUUUGGGGAUUGGUGUGUUAGAGACCAGUUCAAAAGUCAUGGAGCAAAAUUCAGAUCUGCUUGAACAAACAAGCUCAGCAGCAUAUAUGGAGAGCUGGUCAAAAGGGGAAGAGAUGAACCAUUUCCCAAACAAAAAAGACGAGUCUGUAACUGAAAAAAAUGUGAUCGUCAAUCUACAUUUUAAAUUACAUGAACCAGUUGGCCAAGUUCCUGAUGCUGUACAGCAGCUGAAUGAAUCUGCAGAAGAUCCAAAAUGUGUUCAUAGUGCUGCUAUUUCCAGUAGUAGUUGCACAGAUGAUAUGGGCUCUUCUAAAAUAACAAAGCAAGAAUACUUUUCGAAUCUUUCUGAUCAAAUGGAUCCUGCUGGUUGUGUUGUGGUAGGUAGAGAUCCAAGUAUGUUCGCACAGUUGGAGCACAGUAAUACUGCCCUAAACAAAACUAAUGCUUCUGCAGUAGCAACUCAACCUACAGAUUGCAACCAAUUGACAAGCACUGCCAGUCAAAGUCAGAGAGUUUCUAAAGAGCUGGCCGCUAGCCAGACACAUGGCUGUUUUUCUACCAUUAUAGAUAAUGAAAAAAAUAUUUCAUUUUUGAUGAAGGAGUUGGAUACCAUGAGAAACACCAAUAAAAAGCUUCAGGAGAAAAUCUAUGAAAAAGAUCGACAGCUGGAGACUUUAAAAUUGGACAUAGAUCUGCAAGAAAAGGCCAUAGAAGCCAAGUUUGCUGAGAAGGCUGCAGCACUGAUUGAGGAAGUAUAUAGUGCCCAAAGGGAACGGGAUGCAGCUGUUAUGGCUAGACUUCGCCUUGCCAAUGAAGAAAGAGAUGAAGCUAUUUUAAGAGCCAAACGACUAGAGCAAGCUGUAGAAGAGCUGGAGAAUAUUAACCCUGAAGAAAAUGACAUGACAUUACAGGAAUUACUGCAUAGAAUAAGCAAUGCAGAGUCGGGGCUUGCUAUAGAAAAAAAUGGAGCUGUAAUUGUGGAUCGGAUACAAAAGACCAAGGAACGCAAGCAAAAAAUAACAGCUGAGGAAAUGAAGGCAGUGAUAGAAGAAAGAGACAUUGCUUUGGGUAAAUGUAAACGACUGGAACAAGAGCUUCAUCAUCUGAAAGAGCAGAGCCAGGCUUCAGCAAACAACACAAGACAUCUGACUGCUGCAAACAAUCAGGAACGUGCUCUGAAGGCACAACUUUCAAGCAUGCAGAAUGAAAGAGACCAUGCUGCUGAACGCUGCAAAAAACUAGAAGACGAAUUGCAGACCCUUCGUGUCUACUACAGUUUACAUAAGUCGUUAUCUCAAGAAGCCAGCGUUAAGGGACAUCUCACCUCAGUUUUAAGUUCUCAUGAGGGUGCACUAUGUAAUAAAGAUGGCUGUACGUCUGCCGCUUAUCACCAGAUGGAGGAACUUGAGUCACAGCUUCAAAUAGCACUUACUGAGAAGGCAGACUUGGAAGUCAAGCUGCAACAAGCUUUGGAAGCUAAAAACGAAGCAAAUGAGAAAACUCAUGCGUUGGAACGGCUGGUGGAUGUCCUAAGAAGGAAAGUCGGAGCAGGGACUGUUAGGACAGUAAUCUGAUUGAAAGCCUCAGUCAAGGGAAGCACUCACAUCUGGUGACCAGGCUGCCCCAUUCAUCACUAUGUAAACACAAAGGCUUUAAGUUAGCAAACAGUUGUUAGAAGUGGGACACUCCAACGACAUUCCAAGGAGAGAACAAAUCAUAUCUGAAAUGUUUAACCACUAUGUUGCUGGGUUACUCAACUUGUGUGUAUUACCAAAGGUCAUGUUUUUUGUUUGUGUAUGUUUGCACAGAUUUCUAUAGUAUUCUCAAACAGUAUUAUUAGUUUCAUAAAACAUUAUAGUUGCAUGCCUUGAAAUACUACAUAUUACACGAAUCUUCAGGAAAAAAAAAACAAGCAAAGGGGAACUAGUUAGAACCAGUUUUACUCUGUGUGUGUGUGUGUGUGUGUGUGUGUGUGUGUGUGUGUGUGUGUGUGUGUGUGUGUGUGUUUGUGUGUGUGUGCUUGAAAAACUGUUAAAGGUAAGGGACACUGGGAGAUAGUGUGUGCAAUUAAAUUAAUUCAGUUAUUUUGUUCUUUUCAUGUACACUCUUUUAUCUUCUCUCACUAGUUCUGUUUGCUGAUCUUCCUUUGGCCUUUUAGAUACCCAAUUUGCAUAUCCUGUUUUUGUCUUUGUAGGAAGGUACUUCACCCCAUAUUAAAUGCAUGAAUUUUGUCUCUAAGAUAAUAGUUCAUUGUGCUGCAAGUGAUUUUCAUGGCAGGUGUAUACAGUUCCUGUCUGAACCAUCUGACUGGUGUCCACGUUUUGGUUUGCUUAACACUGCUCUUCUGCCAUCAAAUUAUGGCAGAGUAGGUAGUCAGUCAGUGAAGUGGAGUGGAGUUCCCCUACCCCCAGCACAGUAACAAAGCUGUCAAUGUGCACGUCACUGUUGCUUCAUUGAAAUUGCCCUGCCUGGAAACUCUGGUCCAAACCAAUGCAACAACAUAGAACUGCAGUAAUAAACAUUUAACAGUAUUGUUUAGUGGUCUGCUUACUUGUAUGCUGAAGCUGAUUUUUUUUUUCUUAACUGGAUUUAAGACUCAGGUUAGUACAGGUUGUUGUUAAUUUUAGGAAAGUAUUCCUUAAAAAAGGUAACUUUCAGAAGUAGCACAGUUUUAUGAAUAGUACAUUCCAUGUUUUUAUCACAGAACCCACUUCUCAGACAAAUUUUGCUGGAGUACUGCUAUUAUUAUUCAUCUCUUGUUUAUUUUGUAAUCUUGUAAUAACACGCAUUCUCUUCUAUUAUUUUUGAACUUUUACUUUGCUUUUUUGCAUUAAGCCUUGCUGAGAGAUGAGCAGAUGGUCACUGCUGUACAUUCACUUGUUUUCAGAGGAACAUUCAUGCACUGCCAUGGAUCUGUAAUAAUUGUUAGAACCUUUGAAUCGUUGCAUUUUUGUGCGUUAUGUACACAAAUAUAAUUUGCUUUUAUAUUAAGUCUGCAGUUGACUUGGUGCUAUUCCAAGGCAGUCUGUAUUGUCCCUUUUGCAAAAUAAAUAAUGGAGUAAUUAUCAGCAAAAGGCAGCUCUGAGACACACAGAAUUCCAAAAAUGUGAUAAUUUAUAUUGUUCAAGCAAGUUUGCAUCUGUAAUAGUGAAUCUGUAGCUAUAUAUUUCACUAUUGGCAGUACAAAAUCCUAUCUCCAGCAGUGGUUAAAAAUGCGAUAGUGACUCCAUGUCAGAUUCAGAAAAACAUGUAUGUUAAAGCCCUAGUUUUUAAAGAGAGUAGCAGAGUAGUUAUUGCAACAGAAAAAUCUUUUUAUGGUUGCCAUUUGCAAAGGAAACUUUAGAAGAACAGUUGACAUUUUUGUAGCAAAAGUUAAUUUCAGGAAUUCAUGUAUUAACUUGCUUUCUGGUUUUAAUGUUUGUGUUUUUUUUCUCUCUCUGUUCUUACUUGGGCACUCAUAUCUAUGCUCAUCACAAAGCAGUAGUCUGUCGUCACGGUAUCCUUUUCUAAUGCUAUUGCUUAACUCAGUCAGAAACUUAACUGCACCCCCAACACCCACAUUGCAUGGGAAAGCUUCUUUCUUUACAUUAAGGUAGUGUACUAUAUUGCUUUUAUUCUCUAAAUACAUGGUAGAUAAUGUCAGUGAAAGAGCCUGGCCUUUAUUAUUUCACUCGGUUAGGAUUCAGAUGUCACAAAUUAAGACAGUCAUAAGAUGCUAUACUGUGACACUUGUGCACCUCUGCUUGCAGACAAAAGAUAUUGCUUGGAUGGGAGCAAAAGUACCCAUGUCUGCCCCCAACCAAAGGAGGCAUAUUGCUAGAAGCCUCUUUCAUUCUCCACAAAGUGGACAACAGCUUAGUCAUUAAGACACAAUAUUACUCCCCAGUCCACUCUAGUUUGCGCACACACACACACACACACACACACACACACACACACACACACACACACACACACACACACACACACACACACACACAGACACUCUGUACCAUCAGCUGUCAUUUCAUGCCUUCUCAUCUGAAGAUUGUUAGUGCUUACCUCCCCUCCCCCAACUCAGAACAUCUUUAUGAUAUUACUUGUUUCUGUUUUUAUUUAGAGGCGGGGACAGUAGUUGAGUAUGCUGAAAUUCAGGUACCCUGACAUUGUUAUGUUAAUAUAUUAGACCUCUUUCUUAAAUAUUGAAAAAACCUUAUCCUCAAAAUGAUGGUCCUCAGAUUUUUAUCCUUGAAAUGAGGAGUAUGAGCCACAAAGUUAGCAGCUGUGAUCCAGACAGAUGAAGAAGGGUUUGUUGUUACAUAUCUGCUUUAAGACGUACACUGACCUGCCUCACCCAUGCUAGUAGAUGUAGAACAGCUCAGCCUGCUUCCUUUUUGGAAAGGAAGCUGUUAUGAAGUGUCCAUCCCUACUAUGCCAAGUCAUAUUGUAACUGAUAAUCCCCAUAGAUUUUCAACUUAAAAGAUGCCUUCACUUGAACUCAUUAAGACUACAUUUCUCACCUCUCCCCUCUCCCAUAUUCUAUUCAACUUCUCUUGUUUAUCUCACUUCAUCGAUAUUUACUCAAUUUAUGUCUUGUACAUUUCGGAGAUUCUGCCACUAAAAUAUCUGAGGUUCAUUUCAGUACUCCUUCACUGUUUGAAUUAUUGAUUGCAUACUUAUCAAUGACUUCAUUUACAACCUAUAUAAUUUACGUCAUAUUUUAGUCAAUGUACCUCAGUGUAAAUUCUGUGAUGUGUGUAACUUGUGUACCCUAUGUUAUUUGUUAUUUAUAUAUUAUUUGUAAACUUGCAUUUUUGUAAUUUGUUAAUUGCCUCUGGAGUUUUUCUCCCCGGGCUUCCGAUGAAAAUGGGCUCUUCUCCAGUUGAACUAUUCCAGUAAACAAAUGUUAAAUAAAUAAGUAAAUAAAUACUUCAGAUAUUUCUAAAACUUGUCUGCAUAAUGAAUAAUCUGAAAACUGACACUUCUUUUUACUAAAUUACUUUUCCCAGCAGACUUUUGAGUUGCAUUUUAUUCAUCUUCUCAGAGAUUAUUUAUGUUAUAAAUGGCAGUAUGUAUUCUAAUGAUAUAAAGUCCCUCUGUGUAUCAUUUUUUCUUAAUUGACUUGACAUAGGAACAAACAUUCUUGUAUCCAUUAAUGAAAUAGAGAAUUAAAUUAAUGCACCAAUUUUUCUUCAGAAGAGUAUUACUGCUAAAUAAUUUAAGUCAUUAAACAUUUAUGUGUUAAUAUUUUGUAUUUUUUUGUGUUUGAACGGUUUAACACACUCAGCUACUCUAUGCUUUAAGUUUCAGUAAAUACUGUACUGUAGCUGUUCAAAAUGCAACUAAACAGAACUGUUCAUAUUCCUGUCACAAGCCAGGAAGAUUUUGAUCAGUGUACUUGGAUAUUUAGUUGAAAAUUCAUAAGCAAGACAUGCAAUUAUUUUAAUUGAGAGAAUGCUAAAUUUGAUUUUCCAGUCUGUACAUUAAAUGACUUGACGUUUUCUAAUUCUUUUCCUUCCUGAUUUGUGUCUUAUAACUCAACUGGAUUUUCUAAUAUGCAGUGCAAUGGGUUAGUUUGGUAGUUUUAACAGAUUAUUUUUUUUUUCAUUUUCCCUUAUGUUUUUUGUCAUUAUGAAAGUUUUUGCAUAUGCUUUUCUACGAAAUAGUAUUUACCUGUAUUAAGAUGCAUGAAGUCAUGAUUUGGUUAGAUGUUAAAUAGACAUCAGGGUAUUAACCUAUAGUAGUUUGUUUGCAGAUUCUUGCAAAGUAUUCUACAAAAUAUCAGCCUGGGAUAUCCUUCUAUUUGCAUAACUUCUUGCACAGUUUUGUAGAAAAAUGUUUUACCUGCGUCUUAUUAAAAGCCUCUGUUAGUGGCAAUAAGGACUUAAAACUUUGGGAUUUAGAUGUUAAAAAUAAACAGAGAAUCUAAGAGGAUAAUGGACAAUACAAUGUUUCAGACAGUAAAUUUGAUUUAAGUCAGUUGUAAAAUAGAUGAUUUAAAGCCAAAGCACCUAAAAUCGCAUUAUGCCUUCAUGUUGAUGGGCCAGCCAUUAAAGACAUCAUUGUUUCUUUCAGCUAAUUCUUCAUUGUGCUCACUCAUUCUGAUAAACUAAGAUGUUUUUUGAGUCUUUGUAUUAAAUGUGUUAAAGGGAUAUUUUGAAUGGACAUAGUAUUCAAAAAUUUAUAGUGAUACUUAUCAGUACUCAUUUUAAUUAAAAGCACCUGUAUGUCAUGGCUUAUAUGUAGAAGCAUGUUUAAAAUUUAAUUUAGAAUAGCAUUGCUGUUAAUGCAAGCAUACUUUCAGAUAAAAACACACUUCAAUUUGACUGCUAAAAACAUUAGAAGAAAUGUGAAAGUAUUGUUGGUCUCUUCACCAGGCUAUAGCCAACACGACUGCAUACUAAGUCUGGAAUGGUCACUUAAAAAUUACAACAAGAAACAUAAAAUGAUUCCUAGAUGAGCAUUUUGCAGUGCUAAUAUAUGAGAUGCUUGCUGUUUGAGGAGGCUCACAGGUAAGCCAAUAUAAAUUGGCAUUGUUUUAGAAUUGCUCACACCCUCAUUGUGUUGGUAAUUAGUGCCAUGUUAUGCACUACUAUCUGUGAAUCUCAGUCAGCGUCUUCACUCAGAGAUUGUAUACUGAAAACAUUUCUAAAGAAGAAGCUUAAAGGGGGGAAGUAACAUAACACUAAUAAGCUAAAAGAUUAAUUUUAAAUGCACCUAUGGAACAUUGUAUGUCAGAGGAAUGUCAUAAUUGGAUCUUUCUCAUUAUUUCUAAUAUUGACUAGUAUGAAACAUAACAUUUUCACUGAAAUAUUUCAUUUGUUAGCUUUAAAUAAAAAAAAAUAUGAAUUGUAUAUUGCUGGUAAUAAUGAAGAUUACAUUAACCUUGACACCAUUUUUUGCCAUUAAAAGCUAUUUUGUCCAGUA